AUGGGCCCAGAAGGAGGUAACCUGAAAACCGCGCAUUGCACCGUCUCUGUACCUCCUGGGGUCGUUACCAUGGAAACAGAAAUCACCUGUCAGGUCAUCAACCCCAAUGACGUCACGCUCCCCCUGAAGGACGGAGAGAUGUUAGUGAGUGACAUCAUAGAGCUGGGUCCGCACGGGACAACCUUCCGCAAACCUGUCACUGUGCAGAUGCAGUACAACAGCAAGUCGUUAGAUGGCGCCAGGGAAGCUGCCGUGUGGGUCACUGAGGACAGGUCACAUUGGACGAAACUCAAAACCACUAAAGAAAGCAAAUACAAGCUUUCCGUAUCAGUGGACCACUUCUCCAUCUUUGCCGUCAUCAGUCAACCCAAAGAGGACCAGUGUAUUGUGCCCAAAACAGGGCGCAUUCUGACGUCAUCAACCCAGCCUGCGGUACAAAUCAGCUUCCCGGAACAGGCUGUGACCACAGAAACCCAGGUUACAAUUCAGGUACAAGAGGUUCCAACAAGAGCAGUUGAGGACAUCAAGGCAAAGGAUGAGUCUUUCCAGAACCUCGUUGGAACCAGCCCGAUUGUCAAUGUCGAGACUGUGUCGACCUCCGAAGUCCAGUUCCACAAACCGGUCACAGUGCGAGUCCCACAUCCCAAACACUACAUGGACAUUCAACACGAGGGGCCCACCAAACUGAGGGUGAUGUCAUGUGAGGAGGGGACAGAAGACUGGAUGGAUGUGACAGACAACAUUACUAUCAGCCGAGUCACAGAGGAGUUUGUGGAGUUUGAAGUCACUCAUUUUACCAGAUGGAUUGUAAUCGUUGUCGCAGACAUCUACGGUGAUCCUGAAGAGCUAGGACCGAUCCCCCUUCACCUUUGCCGAUGGCUUCAACACCGUGCCGUACAGUUCAUACUGAUGCAGAGGGAAGAUAACAUAAAUCAAGUCGUCAUAGAAUGCAAACCGGCUGAGGAGGCAGAAACAGAGCAUGCAAAUUUAAUACAAAAGGGUUACAAUGGUCCAUUGCCUUCAAAAACAGUAAAUGUAUUCGAAGGACAAAACGUAGAAGUACGUUUGUUUGGCAAUGUUUCAAUCGCGCCAUCCUACACACAACACAUCACCUUCCACAGCCAGAGGCCCAACCGUCUUCACUUGCAGGUGGAGGCCCACGAUGGUUCAGAUGGCAACGGCACUGUUGCCUUCCUUGCUAUGCCACGCGUCAAAGUCCAAAAAGAGAAAGACACCAGAGCAAAGAUAAGGAACGUGCGUAAGAAACUUGAAAAACUCGAGCUUUCCUCCGACCCAGAAGUUCUACAACCAAAAAAGCUUUGCGCGCUCCCACUCUCUGUGCCAUGUGGAUCUCCAAAAAAGGCUUCAAAAGGAGUUGCAGGGGGUGCAACCUUUAAAGACGUAGGGAAGACCUUCUAUUUCAUCAAGGAAAACGUGAGCACGGGUUGGAAAGAUUUGGCUUUCCAUCUCGGCAUUCCAGAUCCUGACAUUAGGAACAUCGCCAGAAGAAACCCCGACGACAAGUCCUGCUGCAUGGACAUGCUGCAGGAAUGGAAGAAGAAGAAAGGAGACGCCGCUACCAUAGAGGUCCUGAUGAAGGCUCUGUCAGAGGCAGGGCUGCAGAGCGUCGUGGAUGGUUUAAAAAGACUCCACCGGCGAGGGGAGAAGAAGUAA